UCAACAGAGUCAUAGUAGUGGGGAACGAGGAAGCGCCUUUAAACUAACGUACAGCUGGUGAGCGCUAACUUCCACAACUUCCAGCUCUCCUGACUCCGGCCUUUGCUUUUCCGCUCUUGUGUUUUCCUCUGAGUUUUAACUGAACGGAUAGAUAGGAGCCGAACCGAUUGAUCCGAGGGCAGCCUGAGACAAUGAACACCCUCCCCCUCUCUCGCUCCGAGGUGUUCGGGGAGCUGAGGAAAGAGUUGUAUGAAGAUGAGGAAUUUCACCAGACUGACGUGCACAUCUUCAUCAUCAUGGGGGCCUCGGGAGAUCUGGCAAAAAAGAAGAUUUACCCAACUCUGUGGUGGUUGUUCAGAGAUGGUCUUCUCCCUGAACAGACUUAUUUUGUUGGCUUUGCACGUUCUGACCUAACUGUGGAUGCCAUUCGCACAGCCUGUCUGCCUCACAUGAAGGCUGCAGACACUGAAGUGGACCGUCUCUCAGCCUUCUUCAGUCGUAAUUCCUACAUAAGUGGGAAGUAUGGAGACGAAGCUGCUUUCUCAAAUCUGCAUUCUCACCUGCUGUCCCUACCUGGAGGAGCUGAUGCCAACCGCCUCUUCUACCUCGCCCUUCCACCCACUGUUUACCAUGAUGUCACCAAGAACAUCCGACAUCAUUGCAUGAGCACCAAGGGAUGGAACAGAGUGAUUGUAGAGAAGCCGUUUGGGCAUGACCUGCAGAGCUCUGAGGAGCUGUCCAAUCACCUCUCCUCUCUCUUUACUGAGGACCAGAUCUACCGCAUAGACCAUUAUCUUGGCAAGGAGAUGGUGCAGAACCUUAUGGUCCUCAGGUUUGGAAACAGGAUAUUUGGACCCAUAUGGAACCGGGACAGUGUGGCUUGUGUGGUUCUGACCUUCAAAGAACCGUUUGGAACCCAGGGCAGGGGAGGAUACUUUGAUGACUUUGGCAUCAUCCGUGAUGUCAUGCAAAAUCACCUGCUGCAGAUGCUGUGUCUGGUUGCCAUGGAGAAACCUGCCUCCACCAGCUCUGAUGAUGUGAGAGAUGAGAAGGUGAAGGUGCUGAAGUGCAUUGCUCCUGUUUCUCCCUCAGAUGUGGUUUUGGGCCAGUAUGUAGGAGACCCAGAGGGAGAAGGAGAGGCUAAGCUGGGUUACCUAGAUGACCCUACUGUCCCAAAAGCCUCUACACAGGCUACAUUUGCCACAGCUGUUCUCUAUGUAAGGAAUGAACGCUGGGAUGGUGUUCCUUUCAUCCUGAGGUGUGGGAAAGCACUGAAUGAGCGCAAAGCAGAGGUGCGGCUACAAUUCACAGAUGUGCCAGGGGAUAUCUUCAGUGGGCAGUGCCGCAGAAAUGAGUUGGUGGUGCGUGUUCAGCCUAAUGAGGCCAUCUAUGCAAAGAUGAUGAGCAAGAAACCUGGAGUAUACUUCAGCCCUGAGGAGACAGAGCUGGACCUGACCUACCGCAGCAGAUACAAGGAUGUCAAGCUUCCUGAUGCGUACGAGCGUUUGAUUCUGGAUGUCUUCUGUGGCAGUCAAAUGCACUUUGUGCGGAGUGAUGAACUGAGGGAAGCAUGGAGGAUCUUCACCCCACUUCUUCAUCAGAUCGAGAAGGAGAAGAUACCACCUAUUAAAUAUAAAUACGGGAGUCGUGGCCCUUCAGAAGCAGAUGAAUUGGUGCAGAAGGUGGGAUUCCGCUACGAGGGAACAUACAAAUGGGUCAACCCCCACAAACUGUGAAAAGAACGUGGCAGGGAGGACCCAGUGGAGAGGAGUGAUAAACACCUGGAUGUGUGCAUUAGACAUGUUCUAGGGUGUAUCGCAGACCAAAAGAUGGCAUGGCUAGGACAACAUAUAUUUAAACUUUAAACUCUUAGGCUGAGCUUUUUUGUAUACCUUCUAAAUCUAAGUCAUGGUUUGUUUUUGCAGUGACUCUUGUAAAACUGAAAGCUAAAGUUUUUGUAAAGCUGUAGUUUUUUACCCCCAUUUAGAGGUCAGGAAUUUUCAACAUUUGUAAGCAGGAAUAUGUCUGCAUCCCUGUCUAUGUAGUCUAAUCUUGCUGAUCAUUCCUAUAAAGAGUCACUGUGCUCAUCUGUCAUUCCUGCAGUGCUUGUUUACAUUUAAUUCCAAAAUCGUUCAAGUUCAUUAAGCCAUUUGGAUGGCUGUGAGCUCACAAAACAGGUCUUAAAUAAAGGAUUGUCUCUCAGACUUUCUGUAGAUUGUUUAAUGCAUAAUAUUUUUAUUUAAUUUACACAGAAUAGGAUAUUUAAAGGAGAAUUACACUGACUCAGCAUUUUUGAAUUAAUUCAAUAUCAUAAUUCAGUGAGAUGUCAUUCAAAGUGGUUUGACAAAUGGCUCAUUGCAGAGAAGCUUAAUGACGAUUUCUUUACCAUAGUGGUGAAAGGAACCCAUGGUCACGUUGUCUACAUCACAAAUAUAGACAUUUUUUUACUAUCUGGAAUGACAGGAGAAUCCAUCUCAAACUCUGGACAGUUCAGACUUUUCUUGAAUGAUGCAUAUUACAUCAAACCAAUCUGAAUGACCUUAUUUGCAUCUUAUGAUUAAAUGAUGUCUUUGGUGAAAUUCCCCUUAUUUUCUAUAUAUUAAACAUAUAGAAUAAAUGUGUAGAAAAUGAUAAAUAUGUUUGAAAGGAAUAGAUUAGUAUAGAAGAACAAAACAUGUAGAAGUGUUAAAGAGUAUAGAUCAGAGGAACACUUUUCAGUGUUGAAAUUGCUAUUGACUUACCUGUGGAAAGUAUUGACUGAUACUUGCUGUUCUUGCUUUUUAUGUAUUUGAUUUAACUCAUUUAACUUUGGAUUAAAUUUUAACCCUACUUAUAACAACACUGUCAUUUUGCCACUCCACUGUUUGAGCUUGUGUUACCUGGGCAGGUAACAAGCUUCACUGCUGCUUCAAGCCAGGCAUGGCACAUGCUAUAGCCUUUAGCCUAUAUAAAAUGUAAUAAAUUGAUAUGAGGAAGCUG